CCACCGAACAUGGGUAUCUGACCCAACGCCAGCUCAGCGCCCACGUCGGUGCUUCUAUUCGCAAUUCCGUCAACACUUCUAUUUGUUUACCGGAAACAUCUAAAAAGCGUUUCACGAAUUCGAAUACGACCACGACAAUUCGAAGCCGAACAGGAACUGAAAUCGGAUUUCAUCAGUAGUUUUGUCGGGAGCGAAGAAUGAUCCAGAGGAGAGUGGAUUCAAAGAAUUGAUCAUGUGGCUCUCCUUCUUAAGACCCAGAGAUCGAUUCUCCUUGGUCGAACUCAGGCAUCUGACUGACCAGUUAAGGAAAAUUCAGAUAGUGAACGAGACCAAUAAGGACAUUGUUGUCGAGGCACUGAGAUCAAUCGCGGAGAUAUUAACCUAUGGCGAUCAGCAUGAUUCCUCAUUCUUCGAGUUUUUUAUGGAGAAGCAAGUCAUGGGAGAGUUUGUACGUAUCUUGAGGGUUAGCAAAACAGUAACAGUUUCUGUCCAGUUGUUGCAAACCAUGAGUAUUAUGAUCCAAAACCUCAAAAGUGAACAAGCCAUCUACUACUUGUUCAGUAACGAAUAUGUAAACUAUUUGAUAACAUAUACGUUUGACUUCCAACAUGAAGAGCUUCUAUCUUACUACAUAUCCUUCCUAAGAGCUGUUAGUGGGAAACUAAACAAGCAUACAAUAUCAUUGCUUUUGAAGACCGAGAACGAUGUAGUAGUUUCUUUUCCCCUUUAUGUCGAAGGCAUUAAAUUUGCAUUUCAUGAAGAGAACAUGAUACGCACUGCAGUUCGUUCCCUGACUCUUAAUGUAUAUCACGUUGGCGAUGAAUCUGUGAAUGAUUAUGUAGUUAGUCCACCGCACACCGAGUACUUUUCAAAAUUAGUUUCAUUUUUCCAGAAGCAAUGCCUGGAUCUAAGUGCAAUGGUGUUAAACACUUUAGAGAGCCCAUCCCCAGACUCAGGAGGAAAAUUGUUUUCUGCCGUUGAUGGGAUUGAGGACACCUUGUACUAUUUUAGUGAUGUUAUCUCUGCUGGCAUACCUGAUAUCGGGAGGCUGGUAACAGAUCACAUUCUGCAGCAUCUAACUCUCCCACUUCUUCUACCGGCUCUAUGCUCUGAGACUGUAAAUGAUAUUUCAGUUGAUCCUAUAACUUCUCUCUAUUUGCUUUGCUGCAUCCUACGGAUAGUUAAAAUCAAAGAUUCGGCAAAUAUUACCGCUGCCACUCUUUUCUGCCCUGUAAAAGCUUUCAUUGCAAGUUUCCUAGUGAAGCCUAAUAGCAGCUUGGCUCCUGAACGCCCUAGAUUUAGAAAUGGGCAUCCAGAUAAUGGUGUUGCCGAGGAAGCAGAUCAACAGAGUCCAAGCAAUGCAGUAUUGAAUGAGGAUGGAGAUUCCCACGUUUGCAGUGAAAAUACUACCAAAAGUACCUUCAACGAUUCACAUAUUACAUUUAGGGAGAUCUUACUUCAAUAUAUAUCUGAGGGAGAUGAUGUGCAAGCUCAGGGUUCCUUGUUUGUGCUAGCCACUUUGUUGCAGACUAAAGAACUUGAAGAGUCAAUGCUAGAUGCUUUCGGCAUUCUCCCUCAGCGUAAGCAGCACAAAAAACUUUUGCUGCAAUCUUUGGUUGGGGAGGACUCCGAUGAAGAACAACUAUUUUCACCGCGAAAUGGUUCUAUGAGAGAUGGAAGUAGUGAACUUGAUUGGUGUCUACGGAGGCUGGAGGAGCAGUUUGGAGUAUGCUGUUCAUUGCGUGGGGCUGCAGUGUGCCCCCUUGUACAUAGACAUCAGGUUGUGAAUGCAUUGGUCAGUCUUCUAUGCCGUGAAAACAUAUCUGCAGAAACAUUAUGGUGUGGAGGAUGGCUUUUACGCCAAUUGCUUCCUUAUAGCCAGGCAGAAUUUAAUCAUAAACACCUGAAGAUGCUGAAUGAUUCAUAUGAGAAAUGCAAAGAUGCACUAAUCCGGGAAAUCAAAGGUUCCUGGCCUGAUCUACUCAUCAAAGUACUGUUUGAUGAGUGGAAAAAGUGCAAAAAAGUGAUCGAAGCUCCAUCUCCUCAAAAAGACCCUAUAUCUGUUAUUCUCCAGCUGGAUAGAUACUCUUCUAAUGAUAACACUGUUAGCGAUUCAUCAUUCACAGCAGGUGAAAAAUUGUGCGAGGUGGUAAAGGUUUUUGUGCUUCUUCAUCAACUCCAGAUCUUCUUGCUUGGUCGGCCCUUGCCAGAGCAGCCUCCUAUCCAUCCUCCUGCCGACAGAUCUGAAACGUCUCGUGUCACAACUUCUGGUUUGGAUGUUUCAGUCCCCAAACCUGGCACCGAAGUGAAGCUAGUUGAUGCUGUACCAUGUUGGAUUGCCUUUGAAAGAGGCAAGGAACGGGAAUUGUCGUUUCUAGCAUUAUCAUCUGGUGUGUCUGGGUGGAUUGUCCUUGCUGAAAAAUCACUUUUGAAGCCAGAUCACGGAAUCGUCCGUAUUAUUGCACCUUUAGCCGGCUGCAACCCCCGAAUAGAUGAAAAGCAACCGAGAUGGCUACACUUGAGAAUCCGACCACUGACGUUACCGUUCUUGGAUCCAAUAAAGCGAGGAGUCUAUAAGAAGCUCAAGGCCAAAGGUCUAGUAGAUGGAAAAUGGACAGUAGCAUUUAGGAGCGAUGAGUUUUGUCACUCUGCUUACUCAAUGGUUGUACAUGAGAUGGAUCUACAGUGCAGCGAGGUUGAAAGGAGGUUAAAGCCAUUGUUUGACCUUGAUAGAAACCAGCAAGAUCAGUCAAACAUUACUUCUGACGCCAUCCCACCUUCAUCUUCGUCUUCUUCCGGCUGAUCUCAUUUUUCAUUGCAUUGAUAAUGGAUAGAUAAAUCUCCAGUCCUUUAGGACAGUUUCCAUGAAUUUUUCAGGUUUAUUUUUUAUUUAUCUCUGCAUUUUCUUUUUGUUUUGUUAUUUUUAUCCAUUCUUUUUGUAAUGUCUUAGUGUGAUAUCAUUGUAUAUUUGAAAGUGCAACAAUCCAUUAGUGAAUUUCAAUUGUUAUCACUGGAAAAAACAAUGUUACUUCAGGUAAAUCACAAAAAAAAAAAAAUGUUACUUGGAACUAUUUGCAACAAAAAUUUCUUCAAGUAACAUGGAUGCAUGCUUCUCUGAGUUCACAACACUCUUUCCUUCAAACCCCACAACAAGUGCUACAUAGGUACUCUCAUUUGGAACCAUUCCUCUCUGAACCAUCAUACCAAUCAACUCACAUGCUUUCUCAACAUCUCCUACACUGCAAUAUCCAUGUAUAAGAGUAUUAUACAAAACCACAUCAGGCUUUAACCCGGCAUCAAUCAACUUAUUAAACAAAACCAUAGCAUCACUCAUCCUCUGCGCUCUGCAAUACCCAUGUAGCAACGCAUUGCACGUUACAACAUCAGGUUGCACUCUAAGAUCAGCCAUGUAAUGCCACAGAAGAAACGCUUCCUGAAAAUCCCCCUUCUUCGAAAACCCACCAAUCACAUCAGUGAAUGCCAACACACUUGGAACAAAACCCCGUCUCAUAAGCUCAUUGACAAUACCAUUUGCUUCAUCAACAUAUCCUCUAACGACCAUGCUAUGUAUCAAGAUAUUGUACGUUGCAACAUCUGGAGAGACACCAGCACAUCUCAUUCCAUCCAUAACCUCAAAAACUUUAUUCAGCUGAUGGGUUUUCCCAUAUCCAUUCAUUAGAUUGUUAUAUGUAACAACAUCUGGCACCAAACCUUCCACUUUCAUAUUCCGAAACAAAGCUUCAGCAUCACCUACAUUUCCAAACUUGCUGCAAGCACCAAUAAGCAGUGUAUACGUAGUUAAAGACGGCGAGUUCCCGCUUUUCAACAUAGCUCCAAAAUACUGGAAAGCUUCAUCUAUUUUGCCUAAUUUACAGUAUCCACCUAUCAUAGUAGUAUAACAAACACAAUCAGGAGGGAGCCCCAACUCAAACAUCUCCUGAAACACUGUCGAAGCUUUAAGCAUGUCUCCCUCAGUACAUAUUUUUCCCAGAAAGCUACUGUACACAAAAAUGUUUGGUCUAAGACGAAAAUAAUGAAUGAGCUUAACUGCUUCCUCUGGCUUCCCUGCCUUACAGAACCCAUCUAUAACACAACUCACUGAUACAGAAUCCUGAGAGAUACCAAAGAGUUUGAGAUUAAACAAAACUGAAGUCGUUUCUUUUAGAAACCCUGCCUUAGAUAGUCUAUCAAUGAAAAUGGUAAAUGCCACAAUGUCUGGUUUGAUUCCAUACUGUUGUUUCAUCCCCAUAAGCAGUUCCCAGGCUUUAUCAAAACUACCAUCAGAGCAGUGUUUACUGAUGAAUAAGCUAAUCACAGCGGCAUUAAGAUGUCUUCCUCUACUAAUCAUGUGUUCAACAAAUUCCCUAGCUAACUCAAAACCGUGAAUCCGUAGAAUCUCCUUGAGCAAGGAAAUACAAACCCAUCUUGAAGGAAAGAUACCAAUCUGAUCCAUCUUGUAAGCUAGUUUGAUGGCCAAGUCUACUUCCCUCUCUUUAACACAGCAAUCAACAAGCAUGCUAAACACAGUUUCUAAAACCUUACGAUCACCGCGAGUUUCGAAAAGAUCAUUCAUGACUAAACUUAGUGAUCUCUCUUCUCCAUCGGAUCUCUUCACCAGAUGGAGAAGCAUGUCAACAGCUCUAAAAUUCAUGUUUCCAGAUACCAAAAUAUGAACCAUAC